GUUGGGGUGGUGUCGGGACUGCAGCUACAACUACUGAGGCAGAAGCUGGAAAAAGUGGAGAUGAAACUGGUAGAAGUGUCACAGGCUCUAGCUCGUUAAGGAACAGCCACGACGAGAACGGUGAUAGAAAGAGGCAUGACGCACUCGGCAUCUCUUCAAUGAUCGAUGCUGACUCCGCUUGGGCCUUAGAUACCCGGAAUCUUGUGGAAGCCAGAAGAGCGCAAGCGGGUGAGGCUGCACAUGCAGGAUUAGCAGAUACAGAGAGAAUGUCUUUGGAACAAAUCGCCUCACGUAUGCCAGGUCUCCCUGUAGCAGAGGCUUACGCAAGGAGUAGAGAAGUUAGUCUGAGGAAUCUUCGACGAGGGCGUGAGAGAGGAGACGGAGACGAAUUGGUAUAUGAAGGCCGUGACGGCGGUAAUGAUCAUGCCGUUGAUGAUGAAGCGCGAGAGACAGACGAAAAGGACGACGCACAGACCGGGGCGCUUUUAGAGCAUUUUGGUAAGUCAUUUGUGUGGAAUCCUGACCCAGAAGUGAUAGAGGGACAAGACGAGAUGGUGGAAGUGAGAAAAGCCA